AUGAUUCUUCAUUUAAUAUCAGCUGAUAAUAAUACAUCGAUAAUAUAUAUUCAUGAAGAACUUCCACCAAAUACUUUAUUAAUACAAUCAAUAUCAUCAACAAAUAGUCUACAAUGGUUACCAUCAUCAUAUAUAUAUAAAAUUUAUUUUAAUUUAAAUCAAAAUCAAUCAUUAUAUACAACAGAUAAACGUAUUGAUCGUGAAGAAUUUUGUGAAAAAAAUUUAUGUAAUUGUUCAUUUUGUUUAUUAACAUUAAAUUUUUUACAAACAUUUUCAACAAAUAAUAUAUCAAUUCGUACAAUACAAAUUGUUAUUGAAGAUAUUAAUGAUCAUGCUCCAACAUUUAAACAAUCAUUUAUUAAAUUACCCAUUGCAGAAAAUGUUCCAAUUGGAUAUGAAAUUCCACUUGAAUCAGCUAUUGAUAAUGAUUAUGGUAUAUUUUCAAUACAAAAUUAUAAAUUACAUCCAUCAAUAAACAAUCCAUUUCGUUUAAUACAAACAAAUAAACCAAUAUUAAAAUUAAUCGAAUCAUUAGAUCGUGAAAUAAAAUCAAAUUAUUUAUUACAAUUAAUUGCUGAUGAUGGUGGUUCAACACCAUUAUCAGGUCAACAAAAAAUCGAAAUUAUUAUUACUGAUGUAAAUGAUAAUCCACCAGUAUUUGAUCGUUCAUUGUAUCAACAAUCUAUACCUGAAAAUAAUAAAAUUAAUACAGUUAUUUUACAAAUUCAUGCAAGUGAUCGUGAUGAAUAUGAAAAUGCACGUAUCAGUUAUUCAGUUGAAGAUUCAACAGGAAUAUUUCGUAUAAAUGAAUAUACAGGAGAAUUAUAUUUAAUCAAAACUUUAGAUUAUGAAAAAAUACGUUCAUAUUCAAUAUCAAUUACAGCUCGUGAUCAUGGCAUACCACAGCUGAGUAAUUAUGCACAAUUAAUAAUUGAUGUAACAGAUGUUAACGAUAAUGUUCCAAACAUUUUAAUAACAAGUAUUAAUGGUACUUAUUAUGAUAAUCAACCCAUUAGUUUAUUAGAAUGUACACCAAAAGGUACUUCUUUAUUUUACAUUUAUGCUAAUGAUGAAGAUUCUAAUGAAAAUGGUCGUGUUAGUUGUACAUUAAAUGAUACUCGUUUAAAUUUAAUUUAUUUAACUUUAAAUGCAUAUUCAUUACAAAUAAGUGGUUUACCUUUAUUUGAUUAUGAAACUGAACAAUAUAUAAAUAUUAAAUUAAAUUGUACAGAUAAUGGUUUACCAUCAUUAUCAAAAAGUAUUUUAUUUCAUAUUAAUUUAGAAGAUUGUAAUGAUAAUCCACCUGAUAUUAUUUCACCAUUACCAUUCAAUGAAACAUUAUUAAUAUUAUAUGAAACAACAGAAAUUCCAUAUAUCAUAACUGAAUUCAUUAUUAAAGAUCGUGAUCGUUUUCAAUUGAAUACAUUUACAUAUUCAUUUAUAGUAACACCUUUUCUUAAUUUAACUUUGACGAAUAAUGGUACAUUAAUUUUAUGUUCAAUGCCUUUAAUUAUGGGUUUAUAUAUAGUAAAUGUAACUGUAUAUGAUAGUGGAAAUUUAACAAGUUCAAUAUCAAUACCAAUUAAUAUUCAUUCAAUAAAUGAAACAAUGAUAUUAAAAAAAUUUAGUAUGGAAAAUACAAGUUUAAUAUUAAUUUUAUCAUUUUUUAUUAUUAUUUUUAUUGCAUCAAUAUUAAUUGGUAUAUGUUUUUUAAUUACAUUUCUUUUACGACAUGAUAAACAAUCAAAAAAAUCUUUAUGUUUAUGUUGUUAUUCAUGUUUUAAUAUACAAAUAAAAUCUGUUAGAAAUUCUUCAUGUGAAAGUAUGAAUAGUUCAAAUGAACGAACAGAUUCAUUACAAAAAACAACAAUUGAAGUUCUUGAUGAUGGAAGAAAUCCAUCCAAUCGUAUCUAUCAGUAUGGAGUUAAAGAAGCGAAUGAUUUAAAAGUAAUCAAUACUCGCGGUGUUGAUCAAGGUGAUUUUAGUUAUUCAGAAAAGGUUGAACGAUAUUUAACACAUUUAAAUAAUGGAAUUAUUGGUAUUGAUACAACACUUUCAGAUGAAGGUGUUUAUGGUUCAUCGGAUAUAUCACCGGAUCAAAUUCAACAAUUUACCGUACGACCACCAUCAAUUAUAUCAAUACCAUCAUCACAACAACAUUAUCAAGAUAGUUUAAAACGUUUUGAACAAUUAUAUUCACUUGUUGAACAUCGUCAACAAACAGCAUUUACAUCUGAUAGUCUUUAUGUGUAA